CUAAAGCCACCUCCCGUGACCAUAGCCCGAGAACAGAACUGAAAAGUGCUCAAAGGAGAACUGCUAAUGUCGAUGACCACCGGUCGGAGGUGAAGAACCCAACAUAGACGACCUCAUGAAGUCAAACAUCCUCACCACAACAGCCAUGAUGGCUUUUCCUUUCAUGAACUCCAGCGGCUCAGACAGCCAGGUGCCGGUGGGUCCGUCCCCAAGCACGCACUGUCCCUCGGUCACCAGCUCCCUGCGGAUCCCCCUGACGCUCUUCUACGCCCUCUUUGUCGUGCUCGGCCUGGCUGGGAACCUGCUGGCCCUGUGGGUGUUCCUGCGCGACCGCUCCAAGAAGGGCUCCGUGCGCGUGCUCCUGGUCAACGUGGCGCUGUCAGACCUGCUGCUGGUGGCCUGCAUGGCCUUCAGGGUGUGGUACCACGGGGUGCGCGGGGAGCGCUGGGAGCUGGGCGCCACCAUGUGUCACACGGUGGGAAACUUCUUCUACAUGAACAUGUACAUCAGCAUCGUGCUGCUGGGGCUGAUCAGCGUCGACCGCUACGUGAAGAUCAGCCGAGGCGGGGUGCCGCUGCAGCGGCCCCGCGGUCUGGCGAUGAGGUGUGGCUGGAGAACUGCCGCCUGUGCCCUCAUCUGGGCCAUAGCGCUGGCCUUGACCCUGAUGAUGAUCCUGCUCUCCGAGAAGACUACGAAAGAGCUCAACAGAUGCUUCCAGUAUAAGGUAUUCCAGCACUCCAAGUGGAAGGGCUACGCCAACCUCUUGCUGGUGGUCAUCUUCUGGAUCAGCUACGGCUGCAUGGUGGUGUGCUACGUCAAGAUCGCCUUCAAGCUGCUGAGGACGUCCAAGGAGAAGCCCGACCUGCCCAACGCGGCCCGCUAUGCCCGGACGGCCAAAAAGUCUUUCUUCAUCCUCGUCCUCUUCACCGUGUGCUUCGUGCCCUACCACAUAGUGCGCACCUUCUACAUCGUCACCCAGAUCACAGACACGUCCUGCUACUGGAGGGGCGUGGUCUACCAGGCCAAAGAGGUGGCCGUGCUCUUCUCUGCACUCAACAGCUGCCUGGAUCCCAUCAUGUACUUCCUGCUGUCGUCGUCCAUGAGGAAGCAGGUGAUGCGGUUGCUGGGCAACGUGAUGCGGGAAGCCGGGGCUAGCGGCAGCAGCUACAGUGUCGAGCAGGGUUCGGGCUCAGGCAGGGCCGUCCCGGGACAGCAGUCGAUUGGCCUGGUGGGCGUCUUCGGGAACAAUACGGAUGACAAUACGAGCCAGCCAUAAGAUGGCGAAGGGCAAAGCCAGAAAGAAUUGAAACGUCUGUUUAUGUAUUCAACAGCUUUGUUGAACACAAUUCGAAUUGUUCCUCUAAGGCAGGCUACUUUCUGUUAUUUCUAAACAGGAGGACGUUGCUAUGGAUAUGAUUUCUGUUCAAUAUUUUGAAAAGGAAUUUAACUGCGUGUUUAGGUUCAGAAGGGCCAAACAUGUGGCUACACACAGCAAUACAAUAGUCGUCAAGAAUGAAAAAAAAAUUAAAAUUUGUUGCACAGCUGAA